AUGUACAACACGUCUCAAACUGAUGAGAAAGCCGAUCAAGACGAAUUGCAAAACCCUGAAAAGUCAGAUGGCAGCUCACCAGUCGAUACUGAGACUGCUUCGGAGCAAACGUGCACAGAUCAUAACUCCCAAAACAAUCCUCAGGGAUCCCGCUUCCUCCCGUCCUCUCCCCACCCGCCAGCCGAAGGCCAGACUGAGGGAUUCAUGGCGCCUACAUCAGCUGAUGAGGGUGGCUUCCACUCCCAAAGGCCAGAUGACAACGGCCUCUCCGGUGUUCAGGGCGUUUCCAGCAAGCAUGACUCUACCGGAAGUCCAGCGGGAGCUCCCUUUGGUCAACGGCAUCUGGAGAGUACGCAAGAGUGGCUAUCCGCAGUCUGCGGGCUGUUCAGUCUGGACAAUCCUGUAUCUGUAGCGAUACCAUCCGCGACUACUCCAACAACAGAGGACGCGACGCAUGAGGUCAGAUUCCAAGACGAUUUCCUGGAAUGGGUCAAAACAACCUUUGAGCUAGACGACAAGGAUAUGAUUUUCAUCGCAGUUCAUUUGCGAAGAGUGCAUUCUUCGAUAGCUCUUCUGGUUUCCGAAGGCUACCGUGCUGGCGAAGCGAUUGCUGAGGUCAAGGCCGUUAUCAAGAGCAUCAGCCAACAAAUGGCUAAGCUACAGCAAGCACAGCCCGAUGAUAAAGAACAUGAGAGAACUUCCGAGGCCGCCUUAACAGAGCUGAGUACUGAGCUGCGCGAUGAGGAGUUUGCGUUGCGGAGCCAGGAACUUGACGCCGAGAUAUUGCGCCACCUGGUCAUGGAGACGGUUUAUGCGCCACUGCAGACACUGGUUGCUCAACUCAAAAGAACAUCUGAUUUGAAGGUUGCUCAGCUCAAAAAAACAUCUGAUUCGAAGGACGAAGAAAUCUAUAAACUGCGCGUCGACAAGCUCUUCACGCAUGAGGUUCUGAGUAACACCGAGAGUAAUCUCAACCUCACCCGAUAUGAUGCCAAGACACUGGACCGACGGCUUGCAACUGCUUUGAAGCGAGUAGCGGACACAACAACGAGAGUUCAGGAGCUUGAGCAACAGAAUGCGAGGUUAGAGAAAGAGAAUGCAGAUCUCAAGGCGUCGAAGGAGACCACAGAGACACCUGAAAAGACCUAG